AUGGACGAGAAGAAGAAUUUUGGUGCUGUGGCCCAUUGCCUUGCUAUAGGCAUCCUAGAUAGGCACUGCCAGGAAUCCAAAGCAGAUAGUGUAUCAGACAUGGCCAUUCAUGUCCAUUGCUUUGGGGGAGAUUACCAGGUCCUAGAGGCCUGGUUGGUCAAAUUCCCCAGGGCCUACUUUGGAUUUUCUGGAAUGGUGGCGAGAUUCACAUCUCAACAAAAGAGAGCUGUAAGGAGGGUACCAGAAGAUAGGCUACUCCUAGAGACAGAUGCACCCUACCUGUCCCCGAGAAAUAACAGGAUCAGCACCCCCAAUGAUAUAGGCGAGGUGGCCUACUUGGUAUCAAGGAUCCGUGGGACAACAGUGGAAUCGGUUCUCGCCACCACCACAGCCAACAGCCAAGCCCUGUACCACUUCUAG